AAAGGUUGAGGACGUGCCCCUUCAGCCACCGCGCACGUGCACUAUUUGCCCUUAAGCUGUAAAUUACUCGGAACCCCAAAUUGAACGAUUGAAGAGGCGAUCGGGUUUAUCAAGGGUUUUGGAUUGAAUUCAGACUUUGUUACGUUUCACAAUUCAGCACAGACUGAGAUUGCUGUCGCAUUUACUGGUAGAUAUGGCUGGGAUUUCGGGAUUUAGGGGCCUUGCACCUAAAACAAAGAAUGUUAUAGUUGCUGGGGGCUUGACAGCUUUUGUCUUUGGCGUGUACUUCUACACCAUGAGAGCUGUUGGAGGUACAGAUGAACUACAAGUGGCUAUAGAUAAGUUUGAGGGAGACAAAGUCCAGAAACAGGCUGAAGGAAGCAUGCCGUCAAAGGUUUGAUCUUAUAAAUCAGUUUGUAAUAAUGUAGCAGAGAACUAGGUAACCAAGGCUGUGAAAGACAACCUUGCAGCUCUUUAUUUACUUUUUUCAAAUGAAUAUGCAAUAUUUUUCUUCUUGGUAAUACAUUUAAGUUUUGUUGUGACCUAAGCCAUAGUUUAUGAUUUUGUCCACCACUCCGUGGAAUGUCUAAGCAAUCAGAAAGAGGGAUUUUGCAGAAGCACUUAUAUGCAUGCCCGGUGUAAUUUUGGAUCAUUAUGGAUGUUGUUGAA